GUUUGUGACAUUCAUGCGAUUCAUCCGCACUGAAAGAUGGCUGAAGACGACCUCAUUGUCGUCGAGAAUGACCGCAUGAAUGGUCAUAAAGACAGGAACACCGCUCUUGAGAAUGGUUUCGACGACGAGCCCGACUUCAGUGACCCCGAGGACUAUGUCGACGACAUAAGAGACGAAGACCUCUUAUCAGACUUAUUACGGAAUAAACCGACGGAACAGUCGGGUCUCCAGAAUGUAGUGAUUGUCGACCGCAUCCCACAAGUGGGUCCCGAAAGAGCCGACAAACUGAAGACAGUUUUGGCCAAAUUGUUCGCCAAAUGCGGCAAAAUUAUGAACGAAUUCUAUCCCAUCGACGACAAGAAUCUGACCAAAGGUUAUGUAUUCUUCGAGUUUGAGAGACACGAACAGGCGUUGGAUGCGGUGAAGUCGUUUGACGGCCACAAACUGGACAAACAACAUGUAUUUGCCGUGAAUUUAUUCACAGAUAUCGACAAAUACCUGAAUAUUCCGGACGAAAUGGAAGAGCCCUCGAAGGAGGUGUACAGUGACAGAGGAAACCUUCAUUACUGGCUUUUAGAGCCCGAGUGUUGCGAUCAGUAUUCGGUUCUCUAUGAAGGCGGAGAGACAACUGCCGUAUAUCUAAACUCAAUGCCUGAACCAUCUCUUCUCAAAGAACGCAAGUUAUGGACCGAACAGUCCCUGCAAUGGUCUCCUUUGGGCACAUAUUUAGCGACAUUUCAUAAGCGGGGGAUCGCCUUAUGGGGCGGCGAGGAGUUCACACAAAUGGCUCGUUUUGCUCACGAAAGCGUCACUUUCAUAGACUUUAGUCCGUGCGAGAAGUACAUCACCACUUUGAGCCAAGCACUGGUUGUGGCCAACGAUCCCAAUGCCAUCAUUAUCUGGGAUAUUAGGACACAGACCAAGAAGCGGGGGUUCAGUGCCGACCCCCAGCAGCAGCUCAUUUGGCCCAUCUUUAAGUGGUCUUUCGAUGACAAAUAUUUCGCCCGAAUUAAUGCCGAUUCGCUUAGCAUUUACGAGACGCCCUCUUUUGGACUGUUAGACAAGAAAUCAUUGAAAAUAGCGGGCAUUCGAAGCUUCACGUGGUCUCCCUCUCAGAACAUACUGGCCUAUUGGGUGGCAGAGGACCAGAAUGUGCCGGCGCGGGUCACUCUUCUCGAGAUCCCAUCGCGUACUGAAUUGAGAGCUAAGAACCUGUUCAAUGUGGCCGACUGUAAGAUGCAUUGGCAGAAGUGCGGCGACUACCUGUGCGUCAAAGUGGACAGGUAUACGAAGGCUAUUAAGAAAGAGAAGACUGAAUUCAAAUACAGCGGAAUGUAUUACAACUUUGAGGUCUUCCAUAUGAGGGAAAAGCAGAUACCUGUCGAUAGCCUAGAAAUUAAAGAUCAAAUUGUGGCCUUUAGUUGGGAACCGAUAGGAAAUAAAUUUGCGAUAAUUCAUGGCGAGGGGUCUUCAUAUAGCGUCACCUUUUACGGCAUAAAACCCGGAGGAACUGUCAUUCAAUUGAAGAAAUUUGAAUCGAAACAAUGCAAUCAUUUAUUUUGGUCGCCCGCCGGACAGUUCAUAGUAUUAGCUUCUCUAAGGAGUAGUAGCUAUGUCUUAGAAUUCAUCGACACCUCUGACUUUACUAUAACCAAUACAUCAGAACACUUCCAGAUAACAGAUGUUGAGUGGGACCCAACCGGCAGAUACGUAGUGACAGGAGUCAGCCAUUGGGCGCAUAAGGUUGACAACGCGUACUGGUUGUGGUCAUUCCAGGGACGACUCAUUCGCAAACACAGUUUAGACCGCUUUUGUCAACUGCUGUGGAGACCAAGACCUGCCACUCUUCUCACUGAUGAUAAGAUUAAGGAAAUUAGGAAAAACCUGAAGAAAUAUAGCGCACAGUUUGACAUCAAAGACCGAAUGGCUCUCUCGAAGGUCUCCAAAGACAUGUUAGAAAAGCGAAGAUCUUUAAUGAGUGACUUCCAAACGAUUCGGCAAAGAAAUGAACUGCUGUUCAACUCAACCAAAAAGCGUAGAUUAGAGUUAAGGGAAGCGGACGACGACCUCAACAACGAAGACGAGACCGAAGAGACCGUCGAAUUCCUCAUCAAAGAGGAGUUGAUUGUUAUCGACGAUGAAGACUAAGGCUAACCUCUGGUUUAGUUUGAAAUAAAUCACUUUUAAUGUGAAAUUUAUUCUCAAAUACAAUAAUAAAAACUUUUUGUAUUAACGCAAACGUAAAAUGAAUUAAUUAUAUAUUUAUCAUUUAAAAAGAUUUCUGAUUUUUAUUUAAUAAAACUUUUGAAUGGAUAAUGAA